AUGGAGUCCAAAGCAAUGGACGAAUUUUGUGGAGAUCCGUUUUGGGUACGUCUAGUUUUAAAGAUGAUAAAAGACUGAAGAUUUAUGAAAAAGGUCAAGAAAUCUUUCUUUGUUUACUUUUUGUUAAAAAAAGUAAACGAGGGCCAAGUGCAACGUACAUUUUUUGUAAAACUUGCCGUUUCUGGUUUUAAAUUGACAUUAUAAUAUAAAGUUUUUAUCGUAGCUAAAAGCCUACUCUACCAUUCGUUAUAACUAGGUAGUUCGAACUGGCCGUUUUUCAGAAAUGUUGCAUCGGCGCUCUUAUACAGGGUGGGCCUCUCGGCAAUGUACAGGGUGUUUCAAGAAAUUUAGAACAAAUAAUUUGCUUAUAUCUUUGUGUUUGCAGCUAUCAACGAAUUUCUUUUUGGUUCUGAAAAUUGACGUCGUGCGUUUUUAGAAUCUCUAAAAUUUUUUUUUUUCGUCGGCGGAGGAACCAUUUCUCGGCGGAGACAAUUAGGGCCUUUUUUAAAAAUCACAUCGUAUUACGUGGCGGAAACGCCGUUGCAACGGCUAAAAUCAAGUUUACGUUACACCUCCGUGGAUUUUACGGUGUGCUUUUUCGAUUUUACGCACAUCCGCGGAGGCGCGGCGGAGUCCUCAGAUGUCGGCGGGCGUUGUUUUGGGCCUUCGCCUUUUGCAAAUUCAUGUUGGAAAAGAGGUUGGGGCGAUUUUUUGUUGCCAUCCGAUGCACAGAUGGCAAAAAUUUCGUACUUUAUUUCCCCGGCGGAGGAUUCGGCGGAAGCUUUAUCAAAGGGUCAAAACAGUCUUAGGAGUCCGGGAAAAAUUUGUUCUACUACUUAUGAAAGUUUCAUUUAACCAAAGAUCCGAGAAACUCAAUCAUUGCAAAAUUUUCUAAUUUCCACCGACUGCAGGCAACAAAAUUUGAAACGAAAAUGUCAUUGGCCCAGGUCAGGUGCCCUCCGUAAACGUAGACCCGUCAUAUUUUGGUGGACAAAAAUGGUGUGUCUCAACUUCAAUUUGAUAUGAAUUUUAUAAAAAUUGGUGUAUGAUUGUAAUAUCUGAAACAAGGUUGGCAGUUCCGAGUGGCCUAAUCUGAAUAAAUUAACUUGCAGGAUCCCGCUCAAAUGAACACUUCUAAAAUACCUACUUUGACGCCUUGUUUUCAUUAUACUUUGCUGGUAUGGGUUCCGACUUUGUUUUUCUGGAUUUUAUUUCCUGUUCUACUUGCUCAGCUUUAUAUUACACAUAAGAAGAAGAGGUUUGAACGACUACCUUGGUCCAAACUGUUGAUCACAAAAAUGGUAAGGGAACCAAUUAGUAAAUUGAGCCUUGUUUAGGCAUUAACGUUAGUCAGUGUUCUUGCAUCGUUUGUGUGCAUAUUCCAAUACUUCAACUCGAACGCGUCUCAAGUUUACCUCUGGUAUCCAUUCCUGAGGGCAGUUACUUUUCUAGGAAUCUUUGUUUCUCAGACUUUAUGCAAGCUUACUGGCAUUGUCUCGAGUGGGAUUAUCUUCAACACCUUACUGAUCCAUGUCGCUGCUGGGUUGCCUGAGGCUUAUGCCUGGCUGGAUCGCCUGUUGGGUGGUCAGGUAAUAAAUUAUGUCAGUUUAAACGGACGUUUUUAGCAGUUUGAUGAAAUUCAAAGUGGAUAUCGUUGUGUGCUUUUUGCCUUGUUUUAUGGAGCCACAUUCCUUCAAUUAAUCAUCCAGUUCUGGGCUGAUCCUCGAGAUCAUGUCAAGGAGAAGGUUCCGCUGGAAGAAGGAGUUUAUUGUCCCGAAUUGGAGUCUUCAUACUUCUCUCGAUUGAUCUUAUGGUGGUUCAAUCGAAUCCCGAUCAUUGGGUCGAAGCAGGAUCUCAAGAUGGAAGACCUUUUUGCAGCCAAUGAGGAAAUGAAGAGCGAUCAUCUGGCCGGACUCUUCGAAAGUUAUUGGAAACCAAAACUUGAUUGUAAGAGCGAUUUACUUUUUACUAUAUUUUUAGCGUAUAAUGAAAAGAAAAGAAAGUUGUUAAUGGAGGGUACUACUACAAAGUUGUUGAAUGGAGAUGCGAAGAAUGGACAAGCUAAUGGGCAAGUUUAGUUUGUUCAAUUUAGGAUAACUUUAAUUUUUUCAGCAACAUCUCAAAACCAACGUCCAAAAAAGAAGCAGCUGUCACCCAACCUUCCGUUAUCUUCACCCUUUUCUGCAUGUUUAAAUUCGAAUUCUUGGCUGCAGCUGGGGUCAAGGCAAUGGCUGAUGUUCUCCAGUUUGCGAACCCCUUUUUGUUGUCCCGUCUUAUCCAAUUUGUGUCCGCUUCUGAAGGAUAUCUUUGGCAAGGCGUUGGUUAUGCUCUUCUGAUGUUUGUGGCGUCAGAAAUCCGAUCUCUGAUGGUUAAUUGGUACUUCUACAUUAUGUUCAGAAUGGGAGCCAAGAUUCAAGCAUCACUUACUGGAGCUGUAUACCGAAAAGUAGGUGUUCUGGGAGAGUUUAAUCUGAAACGUUACAGACCCUGAGGCUCUCUAGCGCUGCUCGGCGUGACAGAACGGUGGGAGAGAUUGUGAAUGUUAUGGCCAUCGAUUGCGAUCGUUUUCAAAUGAUUACCUCACAGAUUCAGCAAUAUUGGAGCAGUCCUUUCCAAGUUACCUUGGCCUUGAUUUUCCUCUUCAACACUUUGGGAGUGUCGGCCAUGACUGGAGUCAUCAUCAUGGUCAUCUUCUUGCCUUUAUCCAUUUAUUCUUCUGUUUUAUCAAGGAAAUUUAUGACCAAACAGAUGAAGUUGAAGGACCAAAGGACCAAAAUGAUCAGCGAAAUUCUCAACGGCAUUAAAGUGAUUAAACUUUAUGCGUGGGAAGUGCCCAUGAUCGAGUCGAUCGAAGCCACCAGGAAGAAAGAAUUGAAAUGUAUUUUAUAUUCCGGCUUCAUCAGAUUGGUGGUGGAUGCUUUCAACUUUGCCUCUCCUUUCCUCGUCGCCCUUGGAUCCUUUGCUACCUACACUUUGACGAGUUCUGAUAACGUCCUGACUCCACAAAUUGCUUUUGUUUCCUUGACGUUAUUUAAUCAACUGAGAUCCCCUAUGACGAUGAUUGGGCUCUUGAUUAACAUGACGGUGGGAGCGAUUGUAUCCAACAAGAGAAUCAAGGAUCUUUUGACUGCCGAAGAAAUCGAUUCCAAUGCCGUUUCACGCACCAAUGAUGAGAAACCGGAAGUAAUCAGUAUUGAAGACGGUGAAUUCUCAUGGGAUAUUCAACCUGGAGCUGAUCCAACCCUCACUGAUAUCAAUGUCAAGGCAAAGAAGGGCCAAUUAAUUGCCGUUGUUGGAAAAGUGGGCGCUGGAAAGUCGAGUUUGUUAUCGGCAUUACUUGGAGAAAUGGAAAAACUAAAGGGGAUUGUUGGUGUCAAUGGAAAGGUCGCUUAUGUCCCUCAACAAGCUUGGAUUCAAAAUAUGAAUCUCCAGGAUAACAUCACGUUUGGAAGGCCUUACAGCAAAUAUUAUUACAGUCGGGUAAUUGAUGCUUGUGCUUUAAAGUCGGAUUUGGAAAUGUUACCUCAAGGUGACAGUACGGAGAUCGGCGAAAAGGCAAGUUAUUUGUUAGAAUUCAGAAAAAUAUUCAAAGCAUGGUUUUGUGGGGUCCCGAACACGAACCGCUACCCGACAGUUCGGGUAGCGACUUUACAUGGCCCUCGUGCCAGGGCUCGUUUCAAAUUUUUAUUUGGCUCGGCCCUGUUAGGUCUGCUAAUUUUUUCUGAUGUAACAAAAAUUGGUAGGAGCUCAAAGAAAUUUAAAACUGUAAACACGGAUCUAAAUCCAACCCACGAACUUAUUUAUUAAUACAUUCACAAUACUCCCGACUUGUCUGGUCAAGAAAUUGAUAUAAAAGACCAAAACUUGCGGCAAAAACGAAGAUCCGUAACGUUUAUCUGAUCCGACCGUAUUGCCAUUUUUAUGAUUGCUUUCCAGGGAAUCAACUUGUCUGGAGGCCAGAAAGCUCGUGUUUCUCUAGCUAGGGCCGUUUACCAGAAUUCGGAUGUUUAUCUCCUUGAUGAUCCGUUAAGUGCAGUCGACUCUCACGUUGGAAAACACAUUUUUGAAAAGGUCAUUGGACCCAAUGGACUUCUGCGAAAUAAAACAAGAAUUCUGGUGACCCACGGUGUUACUUUCUUAAAGGAUGCGGAUCUGGUCAUUAAUAUUGAAGGUAAAUCUUGAUUAAGACUUCAAAGUUAUGUUGUUAUAGAUGGACAGAUAAUCGAGAUGGGAAAUUAUUACGAAUUGAUGGCUCUGAAUGGACAUCUGACCAAGCUAAUUGCCGAGUUCCAAAAAGGACACGAUGCUCAAUCAACUAGUUCAGUUGAUACGACGUUGGCCAAGACUGGAAGAACUGUCGAUGAGAUCGGGGACUUUGACGACUCACAUCUUUCGAUCGCUGAAGAUGACCUUGACAAUUCCGUUGGGCUCGAUCGACAAAUGUCGACCAUAUCUGCCUUAUAUCGCAGAAAUAUUGGAACUGUUACAUCGCGCAUUCGAAAAAGGAUAUCCGAGAGUGAGAAUAACGAAAAACUGAUUAAAUCCGAGAAUCUGGAAACUGGGAGAGUCAAGUCCGUCGUUUAUUGGGUGUAUAUAAAAGCAGCUUCGAUUGCUUUCUCUAGUCUUUUCAUCGGUGGUUUUUUCUUAUUUUCGGCCCUUCAAUUAGUCCGGUCCUUGUGGUUGUCAGCGUGGUCUGAUGAUAACGAUGUCAUAUUGCGCGAUCCCAAUGCAACGAUCUUACCUCUGGAGGUCAGGUUGGGAGUUUACGCUGGAAUUGGAGUCCUUGAAAGUAUGUUUUGUGCUGAUGAUAUUGAUAGACAUAACUUUUAGCCGUUUGUUACACUCUCGCGGUAUGCAGUCUUUUGUUUGGAGCGCUUAAGGCCUCCAAGAAUCUUCAUUCUCCAGUCCUGACCAGGAUUCUUCAUGCUCCAAUGUCCUUCUUUGAUACCACUCCCAUCGGCCGAAUUCUAAAUAGAUUUGGUAAAGACGUGGAUGUUGUGGACAUAAUGUUGCCCAUGAAUUGCCGAUACUUUUUGCUUACCAUCUCUCAAGUAGCCACCACAUUUGUUGCCAUUUCUAUCAGCACUCCGAUCUUCGUCGCCGUUGUGAUCCCCUUGACUAUCGUCUAUCUUUAUGCCCUCAAGUUUUAUGUUCCAACUUCAAGACAACUGAAGAGAUUGGAGAGUAACAACAGAUCUCCUAUCUAUAGUCACUUCAGUGAAUCCAUCCAAGGCGUCAGCACAAUACGCGCCUUUGACAAGACAAACGACUUUAUUCUGGUCAACAACAAUCUGGUCGACACUCAUCUGAGAGUCAAAAAUUUGAGUUUCGUAGCUAAUAGAUGGCUUGGAAUCAGACUGGAACUAAUUGGCAACUGCAUUACUUUUUCUGCCGCCUUAUUUGCUGCGCUGAGCUUUGAAUGGGGAUUUGUGAGAUCAGCUGGUUUGGUUGGUGUCUCCGUUUCUUAUGCCCUGAAUGUAAGUUUUAUAUCUUUAACGACGAUACGUGCUAUUUGUGUAGAUUACUGAAGUCCUCAACUUUGCCGUUCGGCAAAUUAGUGAAUUGGAAACUAAUAUUGUGUCUGUUGAGCGUCUGAAAGAGUAUUCUGAAGUUGACACUGAGGUAAGUUGAUGAUAGGAAAUAGUUUUAUUCCCUUAGGCGCCAUGGAUAAAUGAAGACAAUAGACCUCCCAAAGGAUGGCCAGACACCGGAAGGGUUGUUUUCAAGGACUAUGCUACCAGGUAUCGUCCAGGGCUCGACCUUGUAAUCAAAAACAUCAAUGCCAACAUCGAUACUACCCAGAAAAUUGGAAUUGUUGGACGAACUGGUGCUGGAAAAUCAUCGCUGACCUUAGCCUUGUUCAGGAUGAUUGAAGCCGUCGAAGGACAGAUUGAAAUAGAUAAGAUUAGAAUAUCAGACAUCGGACUGCAUGACCUCAGGUCAAAUAUCACCAUCAUCCCGCAAGACCCGGUUCUCUUCAGUGGAACUCUUCGUUUUAAUUUGGACCCGUUUCAAAUGUAAGCGACAUAGAAACUGGAUGUAAUAUUUUCAAUGUUAUAGGUAUGCUGAUGAACAACUUUGGCGGGCCCUUGAACUCGCUCACCUCAAAGCGUUUGCCAGCUCAUUAAAUGAUGGACUAGAACAUCAGAUAACCGAAGGCGGAGACAAUAUCUCCGUAGGCCAACGCCAGCUUGUUUGUUUGGCCAGAGCUCUGUUGAGGAGGUCUAAGAUUCUUGUCUUGGAUGAAGCUACAGCCGCCGUAGAUUUGGCUACAGAUUCUUUGAUUCAAGAGACCAUCAGAAGAGAGUUUGCUGAUUCGACAGUCCUCACAAUUGCGCAUCGUCUGAAUACAAUCAUGGAUUAUGAUCGGGUGAUGGUGCUGGAUAGAGGGGAGAUCAAAGAGUUCGACGCACCACAUACUCUCCUUGCCGACAAAAGCUCCAUCUUUUAUAAUAUGGUGGCUGAUGCCAAUAUCGGACAACAGUCUUCCAGUUAA